AUGUAAAAAUUAGUUCUAAUUUUCGUAAUAGUUACAUUAAGUUUAGGGAUUGAUGUUGUAGAUGAUUACGAUAUCAAUUCAUAUUUAGGCGAUUGGUUUGAAGUAGCUAGUAGUCCAUGGGUUCAUACAACCUUUGAGAAAAAUGGUUUUUGUAAUAGAGCUAGAUAUGGUGUAUUGACAACUGGAGAUUUAAGUGUUUAUAAUGUUUAAAGAGAUGGUGCUAGUGAUGGACCUAUAAAAUCAAUAGAUGGAUAUGCUAGAAUUCCAGAUGCUCAAUAAAAAGCCAAAUUAAAAGUGUUUUUAAAUGGAGGAUAAGUAGGUGGAGGAGAUUAUUGGAUUAUUGAAUUAGGUCCUAUUAUUAAAAAACAAUAUCAAUGGGUUAUAGUAAGUGAACCUGAAAUGUUAUUUAUGUGGGUCUUAGCCAGAAAUCCUCAAUAAUAUAGAGAGGAAUAUGAAGAUUAUGUCAGAGAUAGGGUAAGUGCCUUGGGCUUCAAUGGUGUCUUAAAUAAGUAUGUUCCAAGAUUUUUUGAUAAUUGUGUGCCAUAUGAUGAUUUAACCUACUGAUAUC